AGCCAGCUUUUGAUUUAAGAAACAUUUGUCUUUCCUGGGAUGUGAAAAGGGGGCCGUGGCCGUUGUACAAGUAGUUGGUUUGAGGCGGGUUAUUUUGGGCAAGUCUGUGUGCAGAGGCACCUCAAACGGAGAGAGGGAGCGAGCAGAGCGCACGGCGCACAGACCAGACGCAGGGAGGAGAGGGAGAAAGGCGCACAGAUUUCAGUGGCACUCAGCUGGUUCUCCCGCACACUGGAUGCGCGCAACAGCUCUGUGUGACAAGGGAAGAGAGAUAGAAACAAAUUCGGAUGUCUUUUUUAUGGAAAUUAAGACAACUUGACUGAGCUUGCAUUAAACAAUCGAAUGUUUUUCUCUUUGCUCCGCGGAGAGAGAAAUGCAGCUGCUGACUGAGCGGGCACACCAUUUAGCAAGUUAAAACUGGAACUGACCUGCACUACAUUUUGCAGCUAUUUUUUGGAUCUGUUUUUGGGUUCCACAGCAAUGAAACAGGAGAAAAUGACGGGAGUCUUUCUGACAAGAAUGUGGAAAGUUCUGGCUGUUUUGGCGCUGGCAACACAACACAUCACUGGUAAGACACUGAAAUAUCAGAUUUAUGAGGAGCAAAAGGUUGGCACAGUUAUUGCUCGUUUAAAGGACGACGUCGGAGAUGUUUUGGCCAAACUUCCCAGCUCAGUGUCGCUCCGCUUCAGAGCUAUGCAACGAGGGAGCUCGUCUUUCCUCACUGUGCGCGAGCAGGACGGCGAAAUCAGCAUCAGAACCAAAAUUGACCGUGAGAAACUCUGCGAAAAGAACCUCAACUGCUCCAUUCAAUUCGACGUGCUGACUCUCCCUACUGAGCACCUUCAGUUGUUCCACGUUGAGGUGGAAGUACUGGACAUCAACGAUAACGCACCACAGUUCGCCCGCGCCGUUAUCCCCAUCGAGAUCUCCGAGAGCGCGGCCGUGGGAGCGCGCAUUCCCUUGGACAGCGCCACAGACCCCGACGUCGGGGAGAACUCACUUUACACGUAUGCAUUGGAGCCCAACAACUUCUUCAAGAUCGACAUCCAGUCCAGGACGGACGGAGUUAAAUACGCAGAGCUGGUGGUGCUCAGAGAGCUGGAUCGGGAGGUGCGCUCCGGUUACGAACUUCAGUACACGGCCUCUGACAGGGGCGUUCCCCCGAGGACGGGUUCGACCCUCCUCAAGAUCAGCGUUGCCGACUCGAAUGACAACAGCCCGAUUUUUGACAAGUCCUCAUAUGUCAUCAACCUGCCAGAAAAUUCACCUGUUGGCACGCUGCUCAUUGACUUAAACGCCACGGACGCGGAUGACGGCACUAACGCGAAGAUAGUCUACUCUUUUAGCAGUCACGUGUCUCCCAAGAUAAUGGAGACGUUCAAAAUCAACCCUGACAGCGGUCACCUGACCCUCAUCAGGCGUGUGGACUAUGAGACCGUUAACUCUUUCGACAUUGAUGUGCAAGCGCAGGACAUGGGUCCGAACUCCAUGCCCGCUCACUGCAAGAUCCUGGUCAAAGUGGUGGAUGUGAACGACAACAAACCAGACAUCAGCAUCAAUCUUAUGUCCUCUCAGGGAAACGGGGACGCAGCUUACAUAUCCGAGGCUUCUCCUUUGGACACGUUUGUGGCUCUGGUGCGGGUGGAGGACUUGGACUCUGGCUUGAAUGGAGAGGUGGAGUGCAAACUUCACGGUCAGGGCUACUUCAAACUGCAGAAGACAUACGAGAACAACUACAUGAUUCUGACUAACGUGUCUCUGGACAGAGAAAAGAGGUCAGAGUUCAGUUUGACUGUGGUGGCGGAGGAUCGAGGGAUUCCCAGCCUCUCGACUGUCAAACAUUUCACCGUGCAUGUGACUGAUGAAAAUGACAACCCGCCACGUUUUGAGAAGGGCCGAUAUGAGGUAUUUAAAUCAGAGAACAACGCCCCUGGUGCCUAUGUGACCUCCAUCAUGGCCACUGACCCCGACCUAGAUGCCAACGGACAGGUGAGCUACUCCAUCUUGGAAAACUCUGUUCACGGGAGCUCCAUCUCCACCUACGUCACCAUCGACCCCUCUAGCGGCGCCAUCUAUGCGCUGCGCACGUUUGAUCGCGAGGAUGUGAGUCGCAUCUCGUUCGUGGUGCAAGCCAAAGACGCGGGGAAAUCACCGCUGCUCAGUAAUGCCACGGUUAUUCUGAACAUUCUGGAUGAAAAUGACAACCCUCCAGUAAUUGUGGUCCCCCAGCUAUGGAAUUUCACUGCAGAUGUCCCUGCAUCAAAGUUCACCGAGGCUGGGAACUUGGUCACUGUGGUCAGGGCGACUGAUCGUGACACAGGGGUCAACGCUGAGCUCAUCUGCUCCAUCGUAGGCGGCAAUGAGGAAGGUUUCUUUCUCAUUGACUCGAGAACUUGUGAGAUUCACGCCAACGCCAGUUUGGAGAACUUCCCCCAUGAGCACGCAGAGCUGACAGUUGUGGUCAGAGAUCAGGGGAGCGAGAGCCUGAGCGCCAAAGCUGUUCUAAAAAUCACCCUCUAUGAGAACAUGGAGAACCACGUGCAGGUUAUGGAUCAGGGGGGGUCUUCUCUGGAUGUGUCCCUGAUCAUCAUCAUCUCCCUGGGGGCCAUCUGCGCAGUGCUCCUGGUCAUCAUGGUGGUGUUCGCAGCCCGCUGCAACCGGGAGAAGAAGGACACCAGGCACUCCUACAACUGCAGGGUGGCGGAAUCUACGCACCAGCACCACCCGAAGAAGCCUUCGCGCCAGAUCCACAAAGGGGACAUCACCUUGGUGCCAACAGUGAACGGCACUCUCCCAAUCAGAGCUCACCACCGCUCACCGUCGGCCACGCCUCCCAUGGAGAGAGCCCAGAUGGGGAGCAGGCAGAACCACCACAGCCGCCAGUCCCUCAACAGCCUAGUGACCAUCUCAUCCAAUCACAUUCCAGAGAGCUUUGCACUGGAGUUGGCUCACGCAACUCCACCAGUAGAGCAAGUCUCACAGCUUCUGUCCAUGCUCCAUCAGGGCCAGUACCAGCCCAGACCCAGUUUCCGUGGCAACAAAUACUCCCGCAGCUACAGGUAUGCAUUACAAGACAUGGACAAGUUCAGCCUGAAGGACAGUGGCCGUGGGGACAGCGAGGCGGGAGACAGUGACUGUGACAUGGGGCGGGAAUCCCCCGUGGACAGACUGCUGCUGGGGGAGGGCUUUUCUGACCUCAUGCACCUCGAAAUGCACCACCGACUCCACCCAGCCAUGAGACUGUGCACAGAUGAAUGCCGCAUCCUGGGACACUCUGACCAGUGCUGGAUGCCCCCCCUCUCCUCACCCGCCUCCUCAGCUGACUACCGCAACAACAUGUACAUCCCCGGGGAGGAGUCUUCCCAGCAGCCUCAGGUCGACGAUGACCAGUCCUCCGUUGACUCGGAGCGCCGCAAGAGCUUCUCCACUUUUGGCAAGGAGUCUGGGACCGAAGAGGUGGGGGCAGGAGGAGUCGUCUCCGGAGGCGGAGGAGGUGGUGGUGAUGUGUGUGCAGCUGGAGGAGGGGCUGGUUCCCUCCUCACAGAGAUGAACUCUGUGUUCCAGAGGCUUCUACCCCCUAAUAUGGACUCCUACACCGAGUGCACUGAAUCAAGCCCGCCCUCGUCCUCGUCGACCACCGAGAGAGGAAGCGGACGUGGUGCCAGUAACCAUAGUAACAACGCUGUUCCUCAGGACAACCGGAGAGGGUUGUUGCCAGGUGGUAAAGGUCCCACCUAUCCCCCAGGUGUGGCUGCAUGGGCGGCCAAUACCCACUAUCUAAACCCAGGAAGUGGAUCCGUGGGGACGAAUCAUGUUGCCCCCUCUUCUUCUUCUUCUUCUUCUUCCUCGUCCUCGAACCCCACUCCAAACUCUACCAACGGACAGCCGCCACACCUCAAAUGGCUGCCAGCCAUGGAGGAAAUUCCUGAAAACUAUGAGGAAGACGACUUUGACGGCGUCUUCCAUCCGGGUCACCAGAGCGGCAAGCGCAGCGAAAGCCGCCAUGAGCCUGGCAUGGACGCUAGCGAGCUCGUGCAUGAGAUCAACAAACUACUGCAGGAUGUCAGACAGAACUAGAGAAAGCAAAAGAGAGAAGGCAUAGCAUGGUUUUACUGUGUGCUGGGCAGGGCGGGUGGGGGGAGGCGACAUUUCACCACAUCCUGGUAAAUGGUUGUUCUUUGUGCCAACAUUUAAAAAAAACUUUGAGAGCUUCUUGUUCACUGUACUACUUGUCUUGUUUAUUUAACCAAAUCUCCUCUUUACCUCUCAGUGCUGAGAGACUCACCAAGAAACAGUAAAACACGGCACUGAAGUUGUGACUGAGGUGACUUGAAGGCAUCAAAGCAGACACUCAAAAAGCAGAUUUCUCAGUUGUUAUUACAGUCUCUCAGAAAGUUGCUUGAAUGAGUGAUUUCAAAUGGAAAUCCAACCAACAAAAACUGUACUCUCUGUUUAUUUUGUAUUGUUUACAGCAGUGUGAACAGACUCAGUGGGGAGAAACCAACAGUUGUGUGAUCUAAUUUCUGCUUUUACAGUGUACAUUGUACAGUGUCUGUGGAAAAAGGCAAACUCACUUGAAUAUUGUGCUAUGUCUCCUGUUUUGUUAUGAUGGAAUGUAACUGUACAAUUUGACCUUUGUAUUUUAAAAGUACACUCUUUUUUACUUCUAUAUAUUUAUAUGUGUCCAUGUAUGUUUGUACAGAAAAAGAAAACAAAUGUCUAUUUUUUAUAUUUGUCACUGCAUGUCUUAAUAUCACUUAAUGUGUCUCUCUUUUUUCCUCUGCCCAGUUUAUUUUGUAAAACAGCUGUAUUUAAUUUUGUUAUUGAAUGUGUGUGUGUGCAUAUUAAAAAAAAAAAAAUCACAUUCCAAUGCAGUUCCAUGUUGGAAGUGGAUUUUUGUAUGGUAACAUUGUGACCAGUGGAUGAUAAAUAAAGUGGAGGGAUUCAUAACAGG